AUUCUUUUUAUAUUAUAUACAUACACACAUAGGGAACAGAAAAGAGAGAUUCACAAUUCAUAUACAACAACAAUAUAUAAACCCACUGAUAUUCAUUCACAGGGGAGUCGAGAGAAAUAUAUUCAUAUAUACAUCAAAGCCAUUCUCUUGGAUCUUGUUCGCAACACCCACAGCUCACCACUCCAAAUUCACGCACCCACACACGAAAACAACAAGAAAAGGAGUAAAAAUGGAGAUGAUUUGAGAGAUUCAGUCGUCCCCCUUCAGAUUUCAGGUGAAAUCUCAUCGGAAUCGGCGCCAUCGUGGAUCCAGUUGGUCCGUUUGAUAAGUCCGGUUUGAAAUUCUCAAUAUUUUUUUUCUUCCGUCGUUCUCUAGCUAAAUCUUGCUGGAAAAUAGUGAGUUCGCCAGAAUCUAUUUUGGUUGGUCGUUUGCUGCCUCCGUCUGAGUUCACCGAAACUCAGACUAUACCAGAUCUGGUCCUCCGUUCGGUUGAUUGAGGAUUUUGGUUCAUCUGUUUUAGUGUCAUUUCUCUCGAAAUCGGUCUUGGGUACCUCAGCUUUUUUCUUUCCUCGUUGAAAUUAAGGCUGACUUGCUAAGUCGUUACGCUGGUCGGGUUUUGUUGGUUUGCAUACUAUUUUGGAAUUUUGGAUAUCGUUUGGACUCGGUCAGAUUUUUGGUGUUCAAUUUUGGAUUGCUGUUUCACUAUUCAAGUCGGAUCGUCAUUUUUGAGGUUCUAUUCGAAAUUUUGAGUCCGGAUUUCUUUAUUAUCGUACAAGAACGUUCUAUCGAGGAGCCUGCCUAAAGAACAAGGUGAUGAAAUAGCAAGUCAGGAGCCCGCCUAAAGAAUAGAGUGAAGAAACGAAAAGUCAAGAAACAAAGUGAUGAAAUAGCAAGUCAGGAGCCCGCCUGGAGAAUAGGGUGAAGAAAUAAAAAGUCAAGCAACAAAGUGAAGCAAAUGAAAGCCAAGAAACAAGUUGAAAUAAAUUGCAAGUCAGGAGCCCGCCUGAAGAAUAGGGUGAUAAAAGCCGAGUCAAGAGCCAACUGAAGCUUUAUAGUUAGGAUUUUGUAAUUUCAUUUAUUUUUUAACUUGUGAUUUUCAUUUUUGAUGUAACGACAGAGCCGCGGACCGGAACCUCUAUGGAACCUCACUCGACUCUCCAACUCGGUAUAGUCCAAUUCUCUUCCAACCCUUUGAGAUACUUGUGACUUCCUCAUGACUUGGGUAGAUAGGGUGUCCGAAAGGAUUCGAUUGUCCUUCUUUCUUUUGCUCCUCUCUUUGAAUAAAGAUCGGUACAAAAUUUGGUCUCGUUGUUUACUUCUUUGUCUGAAAACACUAUGUGUUUACAUUCAAAGGGGGCAUGAUGUAGACACGUAAUUUCGUCCCUCUCCGAUAUCAUUUUACCCAUUUUUACCUUACCCUACCCAUGUAAUUACAUUCCACAAAAAUACAAAAAAUAACUCUCAACAAAAUCCCUAACAAACUUUUAUUCUUUUUAACAUCCUAACAACACUUUCAAUUAAAAUAAGACACAUUAUCCAUACCUCUACCCUCACCACCCCAUACCCCACAUGGCCCCCCCUCACAUUCCUUGGUCACAAAGGAAAAGAAAACGGACAGCUGUACAAAAGUGGAAGAAUUUUGUUCUCUUUAGGGGGAUUCUUUUUUUAUUAUAUACAUAUACACAUAGGGAACGGAAAAGAGAGAUUCACAAUUCAUAUACAACAACAAUAUAUAAACCCACUGAUAUUCAUUUUUUUUAGCUGAUGUGACAACUUUGACGUGAGCCUCAUUUUUAUGUAAUAAAGGUUUCGUGUCAGCACAAAAGGGUAACAAAAGAAUACUAAAAUUGAAUUCAGAGGAUAAUAACACCCAUAUGAAAUUGAAGAGUAUCGUAGCAACUUUGAGUAUAGUUUGGUUACUAAAUGCUUAUCUCUAAUUCAUUGCUUUCAAAAUAGGAACAGGUCCAUGUAGGGUAGAGUUAACAGUAGUACAUCAAUUAUUAGCUUUCAUUUUCCUACCUUGUAUUCAAUUUCUACUUUUUUCUACUGAUUCUUACUCCAACCAAUUUCAUCUACUUGCUCCAUUCCCCCUCACCACUCAUUUUCUCCUACCUUUGUUUCCUUGUAAGUCUAGUCCACAAAAGAAAAAAAAAAGAAGAAAAUUCGUAGAAUUCAGACUUCAGAGGAUCUAGGGAAAGACACAGGAGGCUGUUUUUCUUUAUUAGACUAGCCAGUGAAGAAUUACUUAAGAGAUGGCUAUGGAAAUCUUAUCUACUAUUUUGAGGCCAGUCGCAGAACACUUGAUACUACCAGUUGCGCAACAGAUUGGGUAUUUAUUUUACUAUAGGAGCAACAUCAGGUCUCUGGAUGAAGAAUCUAAGAAGCUGGAGGGUAUCAGAAGUGGGGUGCAGCAAAGAGUGGAGGCUGCCCGGAGAAACUUGCAAGUCAUUUCACCCCAUGUUGAGAACUGGUUAACUAGUGUUGAUACUACUACUGCUGAUGUGGCAGUUGUAAUGAGAAGUCGAACUGAGGUUGAAAGGGGUUGCAUCUAUGGUAGGUGUCCAACAUUAAAGUCACGUUACUUGCUGAGCAGGAGAGCCAAGAAAAUUACACUGGAAGUGACUAAACUUCAAAAUGAAGGUGACAACCAUGUUGUUUUCUGCAAUACUGUACCAGAUGUUGAACCUAGAAACAGUGUUGAGAAGUUCGACUCCAGAAAACAGAAGGAGGAAGAGGUCUUGGCAACUUUGAGAGAUGAAAGGGUCACUAUUGUUGGGAUAUGUGGUAUGGGUGGUGUUGGUAAAACAACACUGGCUGAGAAAGUAAGAGCAAGGGCAAAACAAGCAGGGUUCUUUAAUGAUGUUGUCAUGGUAACUGUCAAUCAACAACAAAAAGACAUUAAAAAAAUACAGGGUGAGAUCGCCAGAGGAGUCGGUCUAACAUUAGAAGGGGACGAUUUGUUGCAGCGUGGAGAUCAGCUGUGUUCAAGGUUAAUGCAGAAGGACAGUCGCGUCCUUGUAAUUUUGGAUGAUGUUUGGGAGGUUGUUGAUCUAAAGAGGCUUGGCAUUCCCAGUGGCAGCGACCACAACUAUCAGUGCAAAGUGACAUUGACGACGCGCUUCCGAGAUGUUUGUGUCAAUAUGGAUGCUCAAAAGAUUGUAGAUGUUGCAAUCUUACCUGAUCAAGAAGCAUGGGUACUUUUUAGGCAGAAAGGUUUAUUAGAUCCCUCUCUUCCUGAUAUAGCAAAAGCCGUUGCCAAAGAAUGCAAGGGGCUGCCUCCUGCAAUUGUUACUGUUGCAGGAGCACUAAAGGGUAAAACGAAGCCUUCAUGGGAGGAUGCCCUUUUAGAAUUACAAAAAGCAGCACCAAAAAAUAUCCCAAGAGUGCUUACAGAGGUGUAUCAACCUCUGAAGACAAGCUGUAAUCACUUGAGUGAUGAAGCCAAGGUUGUCUUUUUGCUUUGUUCCUUGUUUGAGGAGGAUAGUGAUAUUUGGACUGAAGAAUUACUUAGAUAUGGAAUGGGGCUUGGAAUCUUUUCGGAAUGCAAAAAUUUAGAACGUGCAAGAAAUAGGGUGUCUAAUCUGUUAGAAACAUUGAAAAAUUGUUUCUUGCUAUCCCAAGGUUCAAACAAAAAUUAUGUCAAAAUGCAUGAUGUGGUCCGGGACAUGGCUAUACAUAUUGCAUCUGAGGAACAUGAGUUUAUGGUAAAUCACAACGUAAACUCAGAGGAGUUCCCGAGAAAAGACUCUUACGAGCAAUACAGUCACAUGUCAAUUGUUGCAAAUAAAUUUGAUGAGCGUCCCAUACCAAUAUCUUGCCCACGACUGAAGCUUCUGAUGUUAAAACUCUGUUUCGAAGAGGGCUUCAUAUUACAGGAUGAUUUUUUUGAUGGAAUGAGUGAACUCAGUGUCAUAAAACUGAGUGGAUAUGGUCGAAACUCCAUUCUGCCCUUUCCAUCAUCCAUUCAGAGGUUGUCAAAUCUGAGCACGCCUUGGCUGAGUAAUCUAAGGCUGGAUGACGUGUCCAUUAUUGGGAAACUUGUCACUUUAGAAAUUCUCAGCAUCAGAGGUUCUGACUUACAGGAGAUUCCAGUGGAGAUCGGAAACUUGGCCAAUCUAACUAUGUUAGAGUAUUGGAAUAUUGGUUACAGAAAACGUAUGAGGAUUUCACCAGGGGUCUUAUCAAGACUAGUUCGAUUGGAGGAACUACAUAUGAUGAGAGUAAAAGAUUGUAGUUACUCCACCUUGAGGGAGCUGGAAUCGUUAUCGAGAUUGACUGCACUGACCUUAGAUGGAUGUUCUAAAGAUGUGAUUUACAGUAACUUGGGCCUUUCCUCCAAGUUGACACGGUAUGCUCUUGACGUGAAUGGACGCUACACGAUCACUUCAUUCAUGGAAACUUACAACAAGGCUAUCAAUCUAGACAUCACCGAGGGCACCCAAUUGGGUGAUUGGAUCCGCCUCCUGUUGAGGAAUAGCGAAGUUGUACAUUCAAGAGGAAAGGGCUCCAAGAAUGUAGUGGUCGAGUUGCAGAAUGUGAAAGAUCGCAGGCUGGCUUUUUGUGAUUCAUUGAAUAUCCACUGUCAGAAUAACAUUCCAUUCCCCAAACUCGAAAAGCUGGAGGUAAGCUAUUGUGAUCACCUACGUCAUCUUUUUCGUGCGUCCUUGGCUUGCCCAGAUGACGAAGAAGAGGGGAUCUCUCGAAGGACACAUAUCAUACCCGACGUAAUCAAGUUCCCCAAUUUACAUAGCUUGAAACUUGAUGAUCUGGACUGCUUCACACACUUUUGCAGUGACACUGUUGAGGGCAUUGAGUUCUCUCUGUUACGGGAAAUGCAUUUGAAGGAAUUACGAGAGUUCCAAAAUUUCUGGCCAACAGCCAACAAUGCGAUCACCAACUCAAAUCCUCUUUUUAAUGAAAAGGUUUCUUGUCCCAACCUGGAAGUGCUAGAACUCAAUGAGGCUAACAGCAUAACUGCUCUAUGCUCUCACCAACUUCCAACUGCCUACUUCAGCAAACUUGAGACAUUGCAAGUAAGGUAUUGUGGAAAAUUGAGAAACUUGAUGUCUCCAUCAGUGGCUAGAGGUCUUCUGAAUCUCUGAACACUAUGGAUAAAAGCAUGCCAAUCAAUGGAAGAAGUGAUCGUAGAAGAAGAAGAACAAGGAGAUGAAAUCAUGUGUAAUGACCUCUUAUUUCCCGUGUUGGAUAAGCUGCAACUUCGCGAUCUGCCAAAGCUGGGGCAUUUCAUUCUGACUAAGCAAACUCUUGAAUUCCCAUUUCUUAGAGAAGUGGAUAUUAGUAUAUGCACUAAAAUGAAGGCAUUUAUCCAACAAGGAACUGUCAGCACACCGAGUCUUGAAAGUGUGAACAAUGAUGAUGACCUGAAAGUAGUUGAUACGAUGUUCAAUUCUAAGGUUUCUUGUCCCAACCUGGAAGUGGUAAAACUCUAUGAGGCCAAUAGCAUAACUGCUCUGUGCUCUCACGAACUUCCAACUGCCUCCUUCAGCAAACUUGAAGCCUUGGAAGUAGAAAAUUGUGGAAAACUGAGAAACUUGAUGUCUCCAUCAGUGGCCAGAGGUCUUCUGAAUCUCCGAAUGCUAUAUAUAGGAUACUGCCAAUCAAUUGAAGAAGUGAUCACAGAAGAGGAACAACAAGGAGAUGAAAUCAUGUGUCAUGAACCCUUAUUUCCCCGAUUGGAAAAGCUGAAACUUCACAAUUUGCUAAAGUUGGGGCAUUUCAUUCUGACUAAGCAUGCUCUUAAAUUUCCAUUUCUUAAAGAAGUGGAUAUUCGUGUAUGCCUUAAAAUGAAGGCAUUUAUCCAACAAGGAUCUGUCAGCACACCGAGUCUCGAAAGUGUGAACAGUGAUGAUGAGCUGAAAGUUGUUGAUCUCAAUAAAGCGAUGUUCAAUUCUAAGGUUUCUUGUCCCAACCUAAAAGUGCUAAAACUCUAUGAGGCUUACAGCAUAAGUUCUCUAUGCUCUCAACAACUUCCAACUGCCUAUUUCAGCAAACUUGAGACAUUGGAAGUAAAUAAUUGUGGAAAAUUGAGAAACUUGAUGUCUCCGUCAGUGGCCAGAGGUCUUCUGAAUCUCCGAAUACUAUGGAUACAAGACUGCCAAUCAAUGGAAGUGAUCGCAGAAGAAGAACAAGAAGGAGAUGAAAUCAUGUGUAAUGACCUCUUAUUUCCCGUGUUGGAUAAGCUGCAACUUCGCGAUCUGCCAAAGCGGCAUUUCAUUCUGACUAAGCAAGCUCUUGAAUUUCCAUUUCUUAAAGAAGUGGAUAUUAGUAUAUGCACUAAAAUGAAGGCAUUUAUCCAACAGGGAACUGUCAGCACACCGAGUCUUGAAAGUAGUCUUGAAAGUGUGAACAAUGAUGAUGACCUGAAAGUAGUUGAUACGAUGUUCAAUUCUAACGUUUCUUGUCCCAACCUGGAAGUGCUAAAACUCGAUGAGGCAAACAGCAUAACUGCUCUGUUUUCUCACCAACUUCCAACUGUCUACUUCAGCAAACUUGUAACCUUGAAAGUAGGGUGGUGUGAAAAACUGAGAAACUUGAUGUCUCCAUCAGUGGCCAGAGGCCUUCUGAAUCUCCGAACACUACGGAUAGAAAAAUGCCGAUCAAUGGAAGAAGUGAUCGUAGAAGAAGAACAACAAGGAGAUGAAAUCAUGUGUAAUGACCCCUUAUUUCCCGUGUUGGAUAAGUUGAAACUGUACGAUCUGCCAAAGCUGGGGCAUUUCACUCAGACUAAGCAAUCUCUUAAACUUCCAUUCCUCAGAGAAGUGCAUAUUCAUGAAUGCCCUAAAAUGAAGACAUUUAUCCAACAGGGAACUGUGAGUACGCUGAGUUUCGAAAGCGUGAACAAUGAUGAUGAGUUGAAAGUUGUUGACCUCAACAAAGAGAUGUUCAAUUCUAAGGUUUCUUGUCCCAAUCUCGAAAAUCUUUGUGUCUGGGGGGCUCACAGCAUAACUGUUCUAUGCUCUCACCAACUUCCAACUGCCUACUUUAGCAAACUGGAAAUAUUGGAUAUACAAAAUUGUGGGCAAUUGAGAAAAUUGAUGUCUCCAUCGGUGGCCAGAGUUGUUCUGAAUCUCCGAAUACUACACAUAACAAAUUGUCCAUUGAUGGAAGAAGUGAUCUCAGAAGAGGAACAACAAGGAGAAGAAAUGAAUAAUGAGCCCUUAUUUCUCCGGUUGGAAGAGUUGUACCUUGAGGGUCUACCAAAGCUGGGACAUUUCUUUCUAACUAAGCCUGCUCUUGAAUUUCCAUUUCUCGAACUAAUGAAGAUUGACCACUGCCCUGAAAUGAAAACGUUUAUCCAACAGGGAUUUGUGAGUACACCGAGCCUCAGAAGUAUGAACAAUGAUGAUGAGGUGAAAGUAGACGAUGUCAAUAGAGCGAUGUUCAAUUCUAAGGUUUCUUGUCCCAGUCUGAAAAAACUAUGUACCAGAGGGUCUCACAGCAUCUCUAUUCUAUGCUCUCACCAACUUCCAGCUGCCUACUUCAGAAAACUUGAAACAUUGGAAGUAUGGAACUAUGGCAAAUUGAGAAACUUGAUGUCUCUAUCAGUAGCCAGACGUCUUCUGAAUCUUCGAAUACUAAGGAUAAAAUCCUGCCAAUCAAUGGAAGAAGUGAUUGCAAAAGAGGAACAAGAAGGAGAAGAAAUCAUGACUAAUCAGCCUUUUUUUUCCUUGUUGCAAGAGUUGUACCUUGAUGAUCUACCAAAGCUGGAGCAUUUAUUUCGGACAAAGCAUGCUCUUGCAUUUCCAUUUCUUGGAGAAAUAUUGAUUAAUAACUGCCAUGAAAUGAAGACAUUUGUGCAACAGAGAUCUGUGAGUACACCGAGUCUCGACACUGUGACUGUGAUCAAUCAUGAUGAGGUGAAAGUAGUUGAUACAAUGUUUCAUUAUAAGGUUUCUUUUCCUAGCCUGAAAAGGUUAUCUGUUGAUGGGGCAAACAGCAUAACUGCUCUAUGCUCUCACCAACUUCCAGCUGCCUACUUCAGAAAACUUGAAAUAUUUGAAGUAUUGAACUGUGGAAAAUUGAGAAACGUGAUGUCUCCAUCAGUGGCCAGAGGUCUUUUAAAACUUCGAAUACUAAAGAUAAAAUCCUGCAAAUCAAUGGAAGAAGUGAUCACAGAAGAGGAACAAUAUCGAGAAGAAAUCAUGACUAUUCAGCCCUUAUUUUCCCUGUUGGAAGAGUUGUACCUUGAUGAUCUACCAAAGUUGGGGCAUUUCUUUCGGACAAAGCAUGCACUUGAAUUUCCAUUUCUCGGAGAAGUCCACAUUAAUAACUACCAUGAAAUGAAGGCAUUUUUCCAACAGGGGUCUGUAAGUACACCGAGUCUCGACAGUGUGACUAUGAACAAUGAUGAUGAGGUGAAAGUUGUUAAUACAAUGUUCCAUUUUAAGGUUUAUUUUCCUAUCCUGGAAAGGCUAUUUGUUUUUGGGGCUAACAACAUAACUGCUUUAAGCUCUCACCAACUUCCAGCUGCCUACUUCAGCAAACUUGAAAUAUUGGAAGUAUGGAACUGUGAACAAUUGAGAAACUUGAUGUCUACAUCAGUGGCCAGAGGUCUUCUGAAUCUUCGAAUGCUAAGGAUAAAAUCUUGCCAAUCAAUGGAAGAAGUAAUCACAGAAGAGGAACAACAAGGAGAAGAAAUCAUGACUAUUCAGCCCUUAUUUUCUCAGUUGGAACAGUUAUAUCUUGAUGAUUUACCAAAGCUAAGACAUUUCUUUCGGAUGAAGCAUGCUCUUGAAUUUCCGUUUCUUGGAAAAGUGCACAUUAAUAAUUGUCAUGAAAUGAAGACGUUUGUCCAACAAGGAUUUGUGAGUACACCGAGUCUCGACAGUGUGACUGUGAACAAUGAUGAUGAGAUGAAAGUAGUUGAUAUAAUGUUCCACUCUAAGGUUUCUUUUCCUAGCCUAGAAAAGCUAUCUGUCGAUGGGGCUAACGGCACAACUGCUCUAUGCUCUCACCAACUUCUAACUGGCUACUUAAACAAACUUGAAAUAUUGGAAGUACGUAGAUGUAGAAAAUGGAGAAAUUUGAUGUCUCCAUCAGUGGCCAGAGGUCUUCUGAAUCUCCGGAAUCUAAAGAUAGAAAAAUGCCCAUUAAUGAAUGAAGUGAUCACAGAAGAGGAACAUCAAGGAGAAGAUAUGUCUGAUGAGCCCUUAUUUCCACUGUUGGAAGAGUUGUACCUUACGGAUCUGCCAAAGCUGGGGCAUUUCUUUCUGACAAAGCACACUCUUGAAUUUUCAUUUCUCAGAGAAGUGAAUAUCCAUAAAUGCCCUGAAAUGAAUACGUUUGUUCAACAGGGAUCUGUGAGUACACCGAAUCUCGAAAUUUUGAACUAUGAUAAUGAGCUGGAAGUAGAUGAUCUGAAUAAAUGGAUACAACAGAGUUUCAAUUCUAAGGAACAACAGGAACAAGGCAAUUCUGAUGAAUACCAAUCUGAAGCUACUGAUGGCGACAAAUCUGAAGCUAGUGAGCAUGAUGAAUCUGAUGCUACUAAUGAUGAUGAAUCUGAAACUACCGAGUCUCUAAAGGGUGAACCGUGAUUUUAGGUUGAAAGUAAUGCUCUCAAGUCUCAAUAAAGCGAUAAAAAAGAUGUUCAGUUCUAAGGUUUGUCCUCAGUUCUGUGAGUACAAAUCUCAAAAGUUUGAACAACGAUUAUUAGGGUGAAAGUAGAUGAUUUAGGUCUAUAGGAAACAACCUCUCUACCUCACCUCUGAAGAUGACAGCGAAUCUUAAGCUUCAAGUUUCUUUUUUUUUUUUUUUU